CGCUCAGCUUGAUGUCUUCGGCAAGUAUGAAGAAGAUGAAACAUGUAAAAUAUAGGUGCUGACUAGCUUCCCGAGAAAACUAUCUAAAAUUUUCGUGCAUCUACUUUCUCGAGAAAACGAGUUCGUUAAUUUUCUUUUCCUUUUACCUCCGAGGAAAUUCAAUUUUUCUGUCGCACUGCAAGGGCUUAAAAAUUGUCACUCGCGACAGAGUUGAAGUCGAGACAUGCUGUUUGCUGGAUGAAUGGCUUUGAAAACUCAAUUGAUUAGCAUAUGCUUGCUAGGGUUGUUAAUUUAAGUGUUUAUAUAGUCAGGGAUGUUGCAAAGAUUAGUUUCUGCGGUGGCUAGGUUAGGGAAAAAUACAAACACUUUCGAUAAUGAGAGUGCCUCCCAAGGAUCAAGUUCGAAUCAAGAGACAAAGGAGCCAUCAAAUUAUCUUGAUCACGAAAUUGCUCAACUCACAAAGCUUAGCUCAGUACCCCAUGAACGUUUGAGUAGGGUGCGAACCAGCGAGUUGAGAUCACUUGUUUCCCCAGUGAAAAUGUUGGCCGGUCGGGAAGGUAACUAUUCGGGGAGGGGCAGAUUUUCAUCUGCAGAUAGUUGUCACCUUCUAAGCCGAUAUUUGCCCGUCAAUGGUCCUUCAAGGGUUGAUCAGAUGAAUAGCUGUGCUUAUGUUUCGCAGUUUUCUGCUGAUGGUUCUCUUUUUGUAGCAGGAUUUCAGCAGGAAAGUCGUAUUAAGGUAUAUAACGUGGAUAAUGGAUGGAAAGUUCAGAAAGAUAUUCAAGCCAAAAGCUUGCGAUGGACUAUUACUGAUACAUCACUUUCUCCAGACCAGCGUUUUCUUGUUUAUGCCAGUAUGACACCUGUUGCCUAUAUUGUUGAUGUUGGAUCUGCUGCAACAGAAUCUCUUGCAAACAUUACGGAAAUUCACGACGGUCUGGUUUUUUCUGAUUAUGAUGAUGGCAACUACUCUUUUGGGAUCUUUUCUGUAAAAUUUUCAACUGAUGGGCAAGAGCUUGUAGCUGCUUGUAGUGAUAAUUCAAUAUAUGUUUAUGAUCUUGAAGCAAAUAAGCCUACCCUUCGUAUUCGAGCACACUCGUCUGAUGUUAACACUGUAUGCUUUGCUGAUGAAAGUGGCAAUCUCAUAUAUUCGGGGAGUGAUGAUAACCUUUGUAAGGUGUGGGACAGGCGUUGCUUUGCUGCAAAAGGACAAGCUGCUGGUGCCCUGGUGGGACAUCUAGAGGGCAUUACAUUCAUCGACAGUCGUGGAGAUGGCCGUUAUUUUAUCUCAAAUGGAAAAGAUCAAGCUAUCAAACUUUGGGAUAUUCGAAAAAUGUCCUCUAAUGUCACUUGCAGUCCAACACCUAGAAAUAAAGAAUGGGACUACAGAUGGAUGGAUUACCCAUAUCAUGCAAAAGAUUUGAGACAUCCACAAGAUCAAUCAUUGGCUACCUAUCGAGGCCAUGAAGUCUUGCGCACCCUCAUACGCUGUUACUUUUCCCCAGCACAUAGCACUGGUCAAAGUUACAUCUACACUGGAUCUAGUGAUUCUUCUGUAUAUAUAUAUGAUCUGGUGACCGGAGAACAAGUUGCAAGACUCAACUACCAUGAUGAUACUGUAAGAGAUUGCAGUUGGCAUCCUUAUUACCCCAUGAUCGUCAGCUCUGCCUGGGAUGGUGUUAUCGCGAAAUGGGAAUUUCCCGGUAAUGCUGAAACACCAAUUCCCGCAAAGCGAAUUAGAAGGCGGAGAAGACAAUUCUGGUGAAUGGAUCAUCUUCUCACAUCCGAAUUAUUUCUGGUAUUUUGAUUAAUAUAUUGCACUCACAUCAUGUUUCUUAUAUCUUUCAGAGACGAUAUCUAAAUUGUACUUAAUAUUUUGUAGUUAUUGCCAUUUUCCUUUUCGAAGUGAAAAUAUUGCUGUAAAUUAUCUGCAAUAAAAUUUUCUGGACGUGGAGGUUUCAUA